GGUUGCCGCUGGAAUUGCCUCGAGGGAUGGAGGCCGUAGGGGCCUUAACCAUCAAGCCAUUGCUGACUGUCAUGGUUACCUAGGCGAUUCCCUACCUACUUUCCACCUAAUUUCCAUGGCGAACGGAGAUGACCUGACCUAGGAGCUCCAACAGACACACCCACCACCACCACACUUCAAGACGACAUCAUGGACCACUACAGAGACGACCAAAGCAGCACCACCGUCCGGUCUUCCGCUUCCGGAUCCAACAUGGUCGACGACGACAUGGAAGAAAAGGAGAACUUGCUCGAAUCCAACCCUCCACGCACCCCAGGGAAGCGAACGAAUACGAGGAGAGGCAGACUCAUGAUCCUGAGUCUCCCAUGUACCACCUUUUUCCUUGCCUUGUCCAACGUCCUAUCGCUAGCAGCCUUGGUGGCCGUCACUCUACGGCCCAUAGCAACAACAACAACAGUACCGGUAUCUUCAACAACCGCAGAACAACCACCACGCCAAUACCCCGAACAACCACCCUGGGAGCCCCAAGUGGAUUUCCGAACUGAGAUCUUUCGGUUCCAGACGAUUUAUGGAGCGGAGCCCAGUGAGGAGGUGGAUCAGGCUUGGACUGCCAUGAUUCCUAAAGGCAAAGGCUUCAUCCUCCUCCCCAACGAGACAUCCGAAGCAUUACCAGACCUCCCAAGGCUGGAUAAAUCCAACAAGCAACAACACGCCAUGAUCUCCGUUUUUCAUCAACUACACUGUCUCUACAUGACCCGCGCCGGCUACUUCGCCGCCAAAUCCGGCAACUUGGACGAAGUCAACACCCCCCAUCUGACACACUGCUGGGACUACCUCCGGCAGGGCAUCAUGUGCAAUGCCGACACCACUCUCGAAUGGAUCACGUACCCCGACGAGAGUGGGAGCACGGGGUGGGGAUAUCAGCAUACGUGCAAGGACUUUGGGGCCGUGUUUGAGUGGGCUGAGCGUCAUCGGUUUAGGGAGUGGAAGGUUAUUCAUUAGUUUGAUUCAUGUAGAUAGGUAUCAUUGUGAGGAAAGGUAAACUAGUAGGGUCGAGGUUGGGUUCAGGUGGGUUGGUACCUGCCAAGACGGUUGAGGUUGGAAUAAUGUAAUGGUGGGGUUGCGAUGAGGGAUACACCUACACCACAUGGGUUGGCCUGGUGGGUAGCACGAUCGAUCGUAUAUGUGGUGUAGUUGCGGGAGGGAACACGCAGCAGUGAGAGGUUCCAUUGUCUCUUGUGUUUUUUUUCGAACGAAGGAAAGUGAGAAAUGAUGACAAAGUAGAAUUAUCUUUAGCCUA